AUGGACACUGCUUGUCGGUACUCAAGAGAUAUCCGAAUUAGUCCAGAGCACCGUAUCAGAGAUCUUGAAUACGCUGAUAAUGUAGUCCUUUUUGCUGACAGUUAUAAUGAAAUGCAAGUAAUACUAAAUAACGUAUCAGAAACUGCAGCAAGAAUCGGACUCAGGAUCAAUGUAAAUAAAACGAAAGCAUUUUCGUCUUAUGUGCAAAAAGUUGAUAAAAUGCCUCUUUUUGUAAAUUCAUUACCGGUUGAGGAAGUGCCCGAUUUCAAAUACCUUGGAUCCACUCUAACAGCAAAUGGACAGGUAAAAGAUAUUACAACUCGGAUCACGGCAGCUAGAAAUGCGUUCUUCCAGUUGACGAAAUCUUUAUGGAGCCGUCGUGAAAUCACCAUAAAAACGAAAGCCCGCAUCUAUAUUGCCGUGAUCCGUUCGAUCUUACUAUAUGGUUCUGAGACAUGGCCAAUGAGAGUGGAGGAUAUUAAGAAGUUAUCUGCCUUUGACCACUCUUGCUAA